UGAGGAUUUGUCUCCUUUCUCUUCUCCGCACCCAAGUAGAGUCUUCAAAAUUCACAUUUUGAUCCAACCCGAACCAUCCACUCACUUCGACGACAUGUGCCUCCCCUGCUGGCCAAUCACCAAGACAACCCACGAACGCGGGAGCAACCAGCGUAGCAAUCCCCAACGCUACCACUGGCACUGGAGCCGCACCAGAAACAUGUGGAUUCUUCGAGAUACGUUCAAGACGCGGCAGAUGAUUUUGAACGGGAGAUGGCCAUCAGAGAUGGGGAGAGCGGGGAGGUGGAUCGAAAAAAUGGAAUUAUUGGGGGCGGAGAUUAUCAGCCUCAAACGCAAACCAGAUGGGUACGAUGAGGGCACAGGUGCGGCCCGGCAGCCUAUGGGAGCAGCUCCUGCCCCAGCUGUCGGCUUGAUUCCUCAUAAAAGGGCUCGCUUCGACCUCGAUUUCCCACCCCAUCCGCAGGCGAGUCCUUUUACCAGCAAGAUGAAGUCGGAACAAGAUGACCAGAACGGCAGCAAUGGCGCCAGGCCGACCACCCCUCUACGCUCAAUGCGUGCCUUCCCGGCUGCCCCUCCUGUCCUGAACCCCAAUGGGAUUCACUUUCAGCCCCAGCUGCCCUCCACCCAGUUUGGACCUAUGACCCAGACGUACAUCCCUCGUCGGGAUCCCCCUAGCAUGGCUUAUUUUGCUGGCCCGGCUGCUGGUUUUCCUCAGGUCACCGGUCAAGACACUCCCUUGUGCCAGAUGGGUGGUUACGCCCUCCAAGGAGGCUACAUGAUGGGUCCUCAGGGACCUGUGGUGUUGUCCCCCGCCGGCGUCACCAUGCCCGCCAUGCCCGGCGCUGGUAUGCCUGCCAUGGGCAUGUUUGGCCCUCAAGGUGGUCCCAUUCCGCCCAGCUUCCCCGGCGCCGGCAUUGCCUACUCUCGGAUGCAGCCUGGCAUGAAUCCGUUGAUGCAGAUGCCGAACGGUCACGGCCACCAAGCUUUCCCUGGCAGCCCAACUCCUGGUGUGCAGCCUCCUCACGUCCACUUUGAGCCUGCCUUGGGCAUUGGCCUCACUCAGAGCGAGCGAUUGGCUGCUGACAUUGAGCAUGCCAAGCAGGAGGGAUGUUUCGAGCCUCAGGACUUUAUGCCGGCCAACAGAGACCCGUACAAGGAGUGGUGGGUGGAGGAGGUGGAUGGCCAUUGGGGUCUCUACCAGCGUCGUCAGAUUGAUCGGCUCAAGCACAAGUGGUAUGUGAGGGAUGGUUGGUUUUAUGCCAAGCGUCUUGAGGCUCCUCCUGAUGUCUAG